GCAGCAGCAGUAGCAAAAGCCGCCGGAGCCGGAGCCGGAGCCAGAGGGGAGGGGGCGGAGGCGGAGGCGGAGGCGGCGGCGAGGAGGGCGGCGGCGGAGGAGGCGGCGGCGGCGGCGCAGACCAUGAAUGGGGCAAAAUGGCGGAUCAUGUGCAGAGUCUAGCCCAGCUAGAGAACCUGUGCAAGCAGCUGUAUGAGACAACCGACACUACAACGCGGCUCCAGGCGGAGAAAGCCUUGGUUGAAUUUACCAACAGCCCAGACUGCUUGAACAAGUGCCAGCUUCUCCUGGAAAGAGGGAGUUCCUCUUACUCCCAGUUAUUGGCAGCCACAUGCCUUACGAAACUGGUGUCGCGCACAAACAACCCUUUGCCCUUGGAACAACGCAUAGACAUCCGAAACUACGUGCUCAACUACCUUGCUACUCGACCCAAGCUGGCCACUUUUGUUACGCAAGCACUAAUUCAACUCUAUGCCAGAAUCACAAAGCUGGGCUGGUUUGACUGUCAGAAGGAAGAAUAUGUCUUCAGAAACGUCAUCACUGAUGUCACGAGGUUUUUACGGGACAGUGUAGAGCACUGCAUCAUAGGAGUGACAAUCCUGUCUCAGCUAACCAAUGAAAUUAAUCAAGCAGACACUACGCAUCCUCUGACCAAGCACAGGAAAAUAGCCUCUUCAUUCCGAGAUUCGUCUUUGUUCGAUAUUUUCACACUCUCGUGCAAUUUACUAAAACAGGCUUCAGGGAAGAACCUGAACUUGAAUGAUGAAAGCCAGCAUGGCCUCCUCAUGCAGCUCCUCAAGCUCACACAUAACUGCCUGAACUUUGACUUCAUUGGUACAUCUACAGACGAGUCCUCCGAUGAUCUCUGCACGGUGCAGAUCCCAACCAGCUGGAGAUCAGCAUUUUUAGAUUCCUCAACCUUGCAGUUGUUUUUUGAUCUGUACCAUUCCAUCCCUCCUACAUUUUCGCCUCUGGUUUUAUCGUGUCUGGUGCAAAUCGCUUCUGUCCGUAGGUCCCUAUUUAACAAUGCCGAGAGAGCAAAGUUCCUGUCCCAUCUUGUUGAUGGUGUCAAGCGAAUACUGGAAAACCCCCAGAGUCUGUCGGACCCAAACAACUACCAUGAGUUCUGUCGCCUGCUGGCUCGGCUGAAAAGCAAUUACCAACUGGGGGAGCUGGUGAAAGUGGAGAACUACCCCGAGGUCAUCCGCCUCAUCGCAAACUUCACAGUGACCAGCUUGCAGCACUGGGAAUUUGCGCCGAACAGCGUCCACUAUCUCCUGAGUCUGUGGCAACGGCUGGCAGCCUCCGUUCCGUACGUCAAAGCCACAGAGCCACACAUGCUGGAGACAUACACACCUGAAGUCACCAAAGCUUACAUCACCUCCAGGCUGGAAUCUGUGCACAUCAUCCUGAGGGACGGUUUGGAAGAUCCUCUGGAUGACACAGGCCUGGUGCAGCAGCAACUGGACCAGCUGUCCACCAUCGGGCGCUGUGAAUACGAGAAGACGUGUGCUCUCCUGGUGCAGCUGUUUGACCAGUCAGCCCAGUCCUACCAGGAGCUCUUGCAAAGUGCGACAGCCAUUGCUGUGGAUGUGGCCGUGCAGGAGGGACGCCUGACGUGGCUUGUCUACAUCAUUGGGGCUGUGAUCGGUGGCCGGGUCUCCUUCGCCAGCACCGAUGAGCAGGACGCCAUGGACGGCGAGCUGGUCUGUCGGGUCCUCCAGCUCAUGAACCUGACAGACUCCCGGCUGGCUCAGGCAGGCAACGAGAAGCUGGAGCUGGCCAUGCUGAGCUUCUUCGAGCAGUUCCGCAAGAUCUACAUUGGCGACCAGGUGCAGAAGUCCUCGAAGCUGUAUCGUCGGCUUUCGGAGGUCCUGGGGCUGAACGACGAGACCAUGGUUCUGAGCGUCUUCAUAGGGAAAAUCAUCACCAACUUGAAAUACUGGGGCCAGUGUGAACCCAUCACUUCCAAGACGCUGCAGCUCCUCAAUGAUCUCUCAAUCGGAUACAGCAGUGUCCGGAAACUGGUGAAACUGAGCGCCGUGCAGUUCAUGCUGAACAAUCACACGAGUGAGCACUUUUCCUUCUUGGGUAUUAACAAUCAGUCCAACCUGAGUGACAUGAGAUGUCGGACAACCUUCUACACUGCACUUGGGCGCCUCCUUAUGGUGGACCUAGGGGAGGAUGAGGAUCAGUACGAGCAGUUCAUGCUGCCCCUCACGGCCGCCUUUGAGACUGUGGCACAGAUGUUCAGCACCAACACCUUCAAUGAACAAGAGGCAAAAAGAACGCUGGUGGGCCUGGUGAGAGACCUGAGAGGAAUCGCCUUUGCCUUCAACGCCAAGACCAGCUUCAUGAUGCUCUUCGAGUGGAUCUACCCGUCCUACAUGCCCAUCCUGCAGAGGGCGGUGGAGCUGUGGUACCAUGACCCAGCCUGCACCACCCCGGUGCUGAAGCUGAUGGCUGAGCUGGUGCACAACAGAUCCCAGAGGCUGCAGUUUGACGUCUCCUCGCCCAACGGCAUCCUGCUUUUCCGGGAGACAAGUAAAAUGAUCACGACCUACGGCAACCGUAUCUUAACCUUGGGGGAGGUCCCGAAGGAUCAAGUGUAUGCCCUGAAACUCAAAGGGAUCUCCAUCUGCUUCUCGAUGCUGAAGGCUGCGCUCAGUGGCAGCUAUGUCAACUUUGGUGUCUUCCGCCUGUACGGGGACGAUGCGCUUGAUAAUGCCUUGCAAACCUUCAUCAAGCUGCUGCUCUCCAUCCCGCACAGCGACCUUCUGGAUUACCCUAAGCUCAGCCAGUCGUAUUAUUCCUUACUGGAAGUUCUGACCCAGGACCAUAUGAAUUUCAUAGCUAGCCUGGAGCCUCACGUAAUCAUGUACAUUCUUUCUUCCAUUUCGGAAGGUCUCACAGCACUAGACACCAUGGUGUGCACAGGCUGCUGCUCCUGCUUGGACCACAUUGUCACCUAUCUCUUCAAGCAGCUCUCCCGCAGCACCAAGAAGAGGGCGGCCCCCCUAAGCCAGGAGAGCGACCGGUUCCUGCACAUCAUGCAGCAGCACCCGGAGAUGAUCCAGCAGAUGCUGUCGACAGUGUUGAACAUCAUCAUUUUUGAGGACUGCCGGAACCAGUGGUCCAUGUCCCGGCCCUUGCUGGGCUUGAUCCUGCUCAAUGAAAAGUAUUUCUCAGACCUAAGGAACAGUAUAGUGAACAGCCAGCCCCCAGAGAAACAGCAAGCCAUGCACCUCUGCUUUGAAAACCUCAUGGAAGGCAUUGAGCGCAACUUGCUCACCAAGAAUCGGGAUAGAUUUACGCAGAACUUGUCUGCAUUCCGGCGGGAGGUCAACGACUCGAUGAAGAACUCCACCUACGGGGUAAACAGCAACGACAUGAUGAGCUGACGUCUUGUGAGAAGCUUCUCUCUGGCGUGGGCCAGGGAGGUUAACUCUUCCGAUGGAAAGACAAAAGGGCAUUUCUGAUCCCUGCUGGUCCCUGGGGCAAGGCUGCAGGAGGAGAGGGUGUGGAGUAGUUCACCAGAGCAGGGGGCUUGUUUCCUUGGGGCGGAGCAAUGGGGGAGAGCAGCAUCUCCCGGCGUGAGGGUCGGAGAGGAACCCCCGUGUCCUGCCGUAGCCUGCCUUGUAUAAACAUGUACAUUUUUUCAUAACAUUUUGAACAAGGUUUAUAUUGACUCAGUUUAAAAAAAAAAAGUGUGACUGAAAUUUUUACAGAGUUUAGUGCACCAAUGCUGAAGUGAGGGUUGUAUGUGAGUGAGGAAGCUGUGUCUCCUGGCUGCCUGCCGUGUUUCUGGGCGAGGGGGUGUGAAAGUGCAGAGUUCUAUUUAGUGACACGUGUAGAGAGGCACAAAAGUGUAAAAUUCCAAAUGUAUAUUUUUCUUAUACAUGCCCCUCCUAUCUCCCCCUUGUUGUUGUUGGGAACUCAAAGCCAUGCCACGCUCCCUGCUGUCCCCUAGGUGUGUGUCCCCUGCCUGGACCCACCAGCUUCCCUCCUGCCCUGCUCCCAAGCGGCCAGCCAGAAGCAGUUCCCGCUGGUACGUCUAGGCCUCCACUGCUGCUGUCCCCACAGCAGCAGGCUCGCUUCUCAGCUGCCGGCGACUGCGUGGAGGCGAACGGGACAGAGCUCGCUCCUCUCCUCCCUGAAGAAAGGCAGCCGCCACUGUGGGGCUGCCUCGCCUGGCCCUGGAUUUCCCGUCUCUGCUGCUCCUGUGCGGCUGUCUGCAUUGGGAACCGGGCAGGGGCGGACCUGGUGCCCGCUACCACCAGGGAGGGUUCUUAAUCACAAGGCCAGCCUAGCAUGAUGUGUAACAAACCCCUUGAGACGAGCCCAUUUUGUUUUCCUACCGCUGCAACAUCAUUGAUGUUUGGGGUAUUUAAAUUUAGAGGAAACGAUUGGGGGAGGGGGGAACCUGUUUGCCUUGUACUUUUCCCACUCUUCUUGCUGCUAGUUCUGUGCACUUCCCAGCCCAGCUCUAACCUCUGUCCUGGUUUCUCUUCCCAGAUAGCACCACCUCAAUCUUAUUUUUUUUGUUCUUUCCUCUGGCGAUUGUGUGUUGGGUCCUUUUUGCGUGAGCAGAUUGCUGGAUGACUUGUAAGGGUGUUUGCUGCAUACAGUGUAAGCAUUGUGGCUGCAAAUAAACUUCCGUGGUUUCUACUGAA